GAGGCAGCACGUAUUUGAGAGAGACAGCGAAAUAAAAAGUCUACGUGUUUAUUGUGUACUUGCUAAACAUAAAUUAUUAUAAUUAAAAAUAUAAAUUAUUGCUUGUCAUUAAAAUUACAAAAAUGUCCAAGUCCAUAGCAAGUAUUGGAUUAAUUAUUUUUAUAACUUUGUAUCAAAUUUUCUCUGCAAAUUGUAGCGAAUAUUCUUAUGGUGUUGUUGAGAGCUGCUCAGGAUGUUCCUUGAAUCGUCUUCCUGAUGUUAAAAAAUUCAUCUUCAGUGAUGUUCCAAACUAUGAACGAGUACAAUUUAAACAUAUCCAAGGUGCAGUACCAGAACUUGUACUUUACAAUAAUAACGAAGAAGAAGUUGAACGUCUUCAAUUAUCAAGAUUAACAAGAGACGAAUGUAAUGAAUUAUUACAACAAAAAGGCUUUAAAAAAAUAACAAUAAAAGAUGAAAUAUAAAUAUUUAAAUAAAAAAAAAAAAAGAACCUUUUAAUAAUCUUAUAUUUAAUAAUUUAAUAAUUAAAAUAUUACAAUAUUAAUUACAAUUUAUAAUUAAACAAUAAUUUUUAAAUAAACAAUAAUGUAUAAAACAAA